ACAUGUCGUACAUUGCGUUGUCGCGUCAUGGAGUCAUUAUAAACGAGUCUUAUUUGCUCUUCUCGCGAGUGACAUCCAGUUUCUUCGAAACUACAGACGCUCCCGAUUGCCAAGUAUCAUCCAGUUUAAACCGAGCGUUCAUAAAAUGUCAAAAAAUCAAGAAUGCCAGGUGACAAGUUGCGAUGUGAUGCGAUAGUGGGGGCGAAGCAUGGUGGCAGCACUGUGCCUCAAACGGAGCAGGAGCGAAGAGGGAGAGAAAGUAACAGAGAUGUAUAAUGUUAGAGUGAGUGAGAUAGAGUGAUGAGAGUGAGAUCAUACCAUAUUGCUAACGCCGCAGUGCGAGAAAGACCGAAAUUUCGCUCAGCAGCACACGGCAGUCGGCGUUUGUCCGCGGAAGCGGGAUAGUAAACGUUUAGCGAGAGUAAGAGACUUGAUAGGAGAAGGAGGGUAGACUCGUGAGGGAGAGGCGACGAGUUUGUUUAUCGCCUUGGUGAACGGCGAGAGCAGUCAGUGCGGUGCUACACUUGGCCUGUAGUGGUCGGAAUGAUCGGUGGAUCGGUUCGAAAGUUCGGCCUCGUUCUUCUGACAAUUUACUCCGAGUAGUGCGUGGGUGCCGUCGUGUUUUCCUUUCGCGCACAUGUCAAUGUCCAUUUAACCUCGUCGCAGACCUCGUGCCAGAAGAACAUGCCGCGAACCACUGCCAAAACAUAGUCGUUUUCGUGCAUAUAUCAAAGUUGGUGACAUUUGUACCGUUCAAGCAACUCCGCUGAAAUUUCACCAUACUUCGUGGGAAUCUAACGCCGCGUGAUACCUAAACAGAGAUAAGAACAGCAACGACCGAAGAAUUUAAAGUCGAAAUCGUUCCGUUAGUGUCGUGUCACGUGUCACCAUUUUGACGUAUUCAACGUCUUUUUUUUCUCUUUAUCCUCUUCCUUCGUGUCAUUCGGAUGUGACGAAACAUUCGUGGCAAUAGUAUACGGAAAUUAAGUGAAGAUUCUCCACUCCCGCUGGAUUUCACGGGAAAUUUAAUAUUCUCGAAUUGCGUAUUCUGCUCGAGGAUCCUCGACGUUUGAAAAUAUUAUAGUUUCGAUAGGCGAAUCGGAAUUGGUAACGCGAAGUAACGGGGUAGAAAAAGCAAAGAAGUACGCGGUGUUUAAAGAAUAAUAGUAUAACAUAUCUUGUCCAUUCGGCGACGACGAGAUGAUCAUCGUUCAGGGCGGUUCGUUGUGCGUGUUAUUAGUGGUGUUGAUCGGUGCUCUGUUGGUAAAGUCGGAACCUGGACCACGGUCCCGACCUACGCCGAUUUUCAGCAACCAGUUCGCAGUUUACAUCCCGGAUGGACCGGAUGUCGCCGCAGAAAUUGCUGCCAAGUAUGGCUUCGACAACUAUGGACAGAUUGGAGCACUGAAGGAAUACUUCCUGUUCGCUGACAAACGACUUCACAAGAGAUCCCUCUCCAGCAGCGAAUCGCAUCACAAGACUCUAAGGGAUGAACCGAGGGUACGGUGGUUCCAACAGCAACAUGAGAAGAAACGCAAGAAGAGGGACUUCGUGCCCACGACGUUCUCGUUCGCCGAUUAUCCGGCGUUUUUCGAUGAGUUUGGACCGCGUUCUAGGCAGGCCACGUUCCAUCGACAAAGAAACAGAGGUGUGCCUCUUCAAAACCUGUUCACGGAUCCGCUCUUUAAGGAACAGUGGUACCUGAACGGUGGAGCUAAGGACGGUUACGAUAUGAAUCUUGGUCCAGCAUGGCAAAAGGGUUACACUGGCAAAGGUGUGGUUGUGUCGAUCCUCGACGACGGUAUACAGACGAAUCAUCCGGACCUGGCUUUGAAUUACGAUCACCAAGCUAGCACAGAUAUCAAUGACAAUGACAAUGACCCAAUGCCAAGAGACAACGGUGACAACAAGCACGGAACACGCUGUGCUGGUGAGGUUGCUGCGGUCGCCUUCAACCAAUACUGCGGCGUCGGUGUUGCCUACAAUGCAAGCAUAGGAGGCGUGCGAAUGCUCGAUGGCCCGGUAAACGAUGCCGUCGAAGCCAGAGCGCUGGGAUUGAAUCCUGAUCAUAUCGACAUAUACAGCGCUUCUUGGGGCCCUGAAGACGAUGGCAAAACUGUCGAUGGCCCAGGCCCUCUUGCCAGGAGAGCGUUCAUUUAUGGUGUCACCAGCGGUCGCAAAGGUAAAGGUUCCAUCUUCGUCUGGGCGUCAGGUAACGGUGGUCGGCACACGGAUUCCUGCAACUGCGACGGUUACACGAACAGCAUCUUCACCCUCUCCAUUUCCAGCGCGACUCAGGGUGGCUACAAACCAUGGUACCUCGAAGAAUGCAGCUCAACGCUCGCUUCAACUUACUCCUCUGGUACACCAGGCAACGACAAAAGCGUUGCUACGGUAGACAUGGACGCGAAACUGAGACCAGAUCAUAUCUGCACGGUGGAGCACACAGGAACAUCCGCCUCGGCUCCAUUGGCUGCUGGUAUCGCUGCUCUAGCACUCGAGGCGAACCCAAGCCUCACGUGGAGGGAUAUGCAAUACCUGGUAGUACUCACCUCGAGAUCAGGACCACUCGAAAAGGAACCAGGUUGGAUCUUGAAUGGAGUGAAGAGAAAGGUCUCCCACAAAUUCGGUUACGGGCUCAUGGACGCCGGGGCAAUGGUGAACCUGGCCGAGCAGUGGACCAACGUGCCGCCUCAACAUAUCUGCAAGUCCGAUGAGAUCAACGAGGAAAGGCGUAUCGAUCCAACCUAUGGGUAUACGCUCAGUGUGUAUAUGGAUGUAACUGGAUGCGCUGGCUCUUUGAACGAGGUUCGGUUCCUAGAACACGUACAGUGCAAGGUGUCUUUGAGGUUCUUCCCACGUGGAAAUUUGAGAUUACUGCUGACCUCUCCAAUGGGUACUACGUCGACAUUAUUGUUUGAGAGACCACGAGAUGUUCUUAGUUCCAGCUUCGAUGACUGGCCUUUCCUCAGCGUACAUUUCUGGAGUGAGAAGGCGGACGGCCGAUGGACCCUGCAGAUCAUUAAUGCAGGAAAUCGGCACGUGAAUUCUCCAGGGAUUCUGAAGAAAUGGCAGUUGAUCUUCUACGGAACCGCGACCAACCCGAUCAGGAUACGGACACGACAAUUUAACCCGGUACAAGCGCAUUCUUCGUACGCCUCCGCGCAUUAUCCAUUUCCUGUAGACGAUGAUCCGCUAGCGCUGGGCCAUCGCGGCGACGUCGACUUCUUUCCUUCGUCUACCUUUCAGGGCUACCAGGGCUACCCCUAUGUCGGAGCUGCAUCCAAUGUCCAGGCAUCAGUGGCAACUUUAGAUGGUUCUUCAGCGCCAAUCCUGACCAAUCGACUUCCUGGAGAUACGUCAUCUUCUUUCGAUUCGCCAUCUUCUUCGUCUCAAGUCGGAGAUGACUCGCUGGACACUACUAGAAAGAUUCUUCAUGACUGUGAUCCUCAAUGUGAUUCUCAGGGAUGUUAUGGAAAAGGACCUACGCAGUGCAUUGCUUGCAAGAAUUACCGGUUGGAUAAUACGUGCGUGAGUCGAUGUCCGCCGAGAAGUUUUCCAAAUCAAGGUGGCGUCUGUUGGCCUUGCCAUGAAUCCUGCGAAAUCUGUGCUGGGGCUGGCCAGGAUUCUUGUCUCUCUUGCGCACCUGCUCAUCUACGAGUUACUGAUCUAGCAGUGUGUCUCCAGCAAUGUCCAGAAGGAUAUUACGAGAAUACAGAGAACAGUACAUGCGUACCCUGCGAGGCGAAUUGCGCCAGUUGCCAGGACAGACCGGACAAAUGCACCAGUUGCGAGCAUCACCUUGUUAUGUACGAAAACAAGUGUUAUGCAGCCUGUCCCCUGUACACCUACGAAACACAAGAUUACAACUGUGCACCGUGUCAUUCCACGUGUGAAACUUGCAAUGGCACCGCGGAGAACCAAUGCAUCUCCUGUCGACCCGGAUUGUUUUCUCUGAACGGAUCAUGUCGAGCGUCUUGUCCAGCGGGUUAUGGAGCGGACAAAAAGCGUCGCGAAUGCGUUCCAUGUCCACCCGGAUGUGCUACCUGCUCCAUGUCAAUCUGCACAAGCUGCAACGAAGGCUGGAGCUUGAACGAAGAAAGCCUCUGCGCUCCUGAACAUCGUGAUCGUUGCGAUACAUCGGAAUAUUACGAAAAUGGCCACUGCAAGCAGUGCCAUACUUCGUGUAAAACUUGCGCUGGACCUGGUGAAGAUCAUUGCGUCUCCUGUCAAACAUCGCUGCUCCUUCAAGGGAAACGCUGUGUGUAUCAGUGCGACGAUGGUUAUUAUUCAAUGGCGCAGCCCUCUAGACCCGUCUGCGUACCUUGUUUGCAUACUUGCAAAACGUGCGUGUCUCGACUGAACUGCACUGCCUGUCAAGAUGGAUUGCAACUCCAGAGUGGAGAGUGCAGGUCCUCUUGUGCUCAGGGAUAUUAUAGUGAUCGAGGUCAGUGCGCGAAAUGCUACCUGUCGUGCAAAACGUGUUCUGGACCCAGAAGAGAUCAAUGCGUGACCUGCCCUCGUGGUUGGCAACUAGCAGCGGGCGAGUGUCAUCCGGAGUGUCCCGAAGGAUUCUUCAAAUCUAACUUCGGCUGCCAGAAGUGUCACCAUUACUGUCGUACCUGCAAAGGAGAAGGGCCGAUGGAAUGUACUUCUUGCCCACCCCAUUCGAUGCUAGAGGGUGGCCUCUGCAUGGAAUGUCUUGGAGCGCAGUACUACGAUCCCCUGACGCAGCUCUGUAAAAAUUGCCAUUCCGAUUGUCGAAGAUGUACUGGUCCAGGAAAAUUUAGUUGCGCGGCCUGUUCGCCACCAUUGCAUCUGGAUAAGUUGAACAAUCAGUGCGUUCCUUGCUGCACGGGUAACGAGAAGGGGGCGCUGGCUGAAGAGUGUUGUCUUUGUGAUCCGGAAACUGGUGGCUGCAGGAACAGCUCACCAGCUGGUAAAAGAAGAGUGCCAGGAACAGAAUUUGCCUCGGCUGACACAGCUAUUUCUGAAGUGUAUGCAAACUACGAAGGAACGACCGAUAAAAACGAUUCAGCUUCGCUAGCGAUAACAGCGACUACGACUAUAGCUGUCGCCAUUUGUCUCAUAUCUGUUGCUCUGUUCGCUACCAUAUUCAUCGCUCUUCAGGCAAUGUCAGGAAGGAGAGAAACGAACAAGGGUUACACGCAGCUAGCUGUGAGGGUGGAACCUCCGGACGAUGUAUACGCGGACGACACGACGGAGCUAAUGACCUAAAUCCAACUAACCUCGCCGAUCCAACCAAACCAGCCACCACGACCUAUUGGAAGAAGGUCAUUCAGUCUCAAGAUCACGAAUAAACCAAUAACUUACUUACGUGUUGGUUAUUAAAAAUCUGUGACGAUCAAGAUUCAAAAGAACUGCGUGUUAAGAUCGUUCGAAGUGAUCCGAGACAAAAGAAACAUGCAACAAAGUAACAAGAACAAAAUAAUGUAAUAUGUAUCGAAGGAAGAGGAGAAGAAACGAGUGAUAAAGAGAAAAAAAUAGAAGAGUAUACAAAUUCGAAUGGACAAAAUGGCGGAAGAAUGACGAAAGGGACAAGAGAAAUUCGUUCGAAACGUGAUAGUAAAGACACAUUUCACUUUUUUUUUUUUUUGGCACACUGUACGAAGAAAGUGUGACUGUUGUUCGCUAUAUAAUAAAAUUGACAGUGCGGUUGUGUGAAUGGCGGUGAACAAGGUGUUUAGGUAUAUUUUUUUGAACGGUCAGGCGCAUCGCUGAUUUUGUCGAGUGCACAACAGCGCCACGAGUGUAUAAACGGCGAAUUAACUUUUUAAAAAGCCGGAUGUACUCAAUGGUUCGUAGACGAACGACACGAAAAGGGCGACGGACAUUAUGAAGUGCCUGAUUUACAACGCCGUUGACACAGCACCGUUUCGUCUGCCCUUUUUUAGUGCCUACUAUCCUGACCGUCACGUCGCACCCUAGGUGGAAAUAAGCUUGUGAAUCGAAAUCGAACAAGUAUCGUACUUAAACGAGCUAUCGAAGAUGAAUACGGUGCGUAUACUGUGCAACUGACUCGUUCUUGUAUUUAAUUAUAAAUAUUUUUACGAGUCUCACUGGUAUAACUUUUUUGUUUUUAUUCUGUUCUUAUAAUAUUUCUGAUGAUUUUUCAUGUUACAUGGUGAAGGGCACUGCGUAUUGAUUUCAAUUAGGAGAUAAAUGUAAUCCGAAGCAUCUUAACCUGUUAACCGAGAUCACUUAGAUUCCUAACUUUGAAGACAACGAUCUCCUUAUUUGAAUGAAUAUAUUUUAAUACCGUAUUUCAUUCCCACUGAAAAUAAAUUGUAUAUCUAUAUUUGAGAUAAUUAAUCUUUGAAGGCUAUCAUAGAUAUUCGCAGAAAGUUAUUUGCAGCAUAUUUCUCCUGGAUUAAAAAGUGAAUAAAGUUGAAUUUAACUGAAUUAAAUAUUAGGUGAAAAGUAGAAAAAUGAUUGUUCACGGUGAUUACAAAUAAUAACAUUGUAAUAGUAUUUACAUGGUUUGAAGUUUCACUCACGAUAGCCACUGAAGAUUAAAAUCAAGCUAUUUGAAAAUUUUUAUUAACUUCUAACUUUAAGAUUAUUGGGUGUGAUCUGGUUAACAGAUUAAAAUAGGUUACGAGAAAAUGUUUCAUUGGAUAAUGUGAGUAUGAAUGUUGAAGGAUAGCAGGUUGACCAAAAGGGGGAGGCGAAAGAAGUAAAUAGGAAAAAUUAUGAAUGAAACAGAAGAAUAAGGGAAUUUGUUUCUCUGUAUCAGAAAAAAGAAGGGUUUACAUGACUUUGUUCUCGUGCAAUGAACAGACUUGACAUCCUGUGUCAGAAGCAUGUGAACUCAGAUUUCUUUGUGAUCCAGCAUGUGUAUCAGUCAUUCCGUCGUGAACGAAACAGCCAAUUGCGUUUCUUUUGUAACUGUUGUUAUUGCUGCAUUGUCUAUGUAUUUUUUCUUUGUUUAUAUAGUAUUCUAUUAUACAUUUUCCGCGUUGCUCUAGCGCCGUUUGUUUUAUUCGUUAUUGCAAUAAAAAAAGAGAGUGGAAGAAUGAGAGAGGAAGAAUGAUAAGGAAAAGAGACCAUACUCGUUGAUGUAUCACACACAAAAAGCUUUUUUUUUAAUAAAAAGAAAAAGAGAGCACGAGAGUGUGAAAGAGAGUGAGGAAGAGAGAAGAAAAUAUGCAAAAAGAACAUACGAAAAGAGUCCUCGGUAAAUCGGUACCUUUAAGAGCUAAUUGUCCGCGCCUACCGUGUGAAUAUUGAAUUUCUCCUCGUGAUUUGAUAUAAAGCUAUUAUUGUACUUUUAUGAUGAACGCGAUUAUAAAUAUAUACAUAUAUACAUAUA